AUGGCGGAAGCAGAGAACGGCCAGGCGAUCAGCGCAGACGAGAUUGCGCUCUAUGACCGACAGAUCCGGUUAUGGGGAGUGCAAGCGCAGGAGAAAAUUCGCUCCGCAAAUAUCCUCCUCAUUACCAUCAAGGCACUCGCCAACGAAGUUGCCAAGAACCUGGUCCUAGCGGGCAUCGGCUCGCUCACCAUCAUCGACCAUGAACCCGUUACAGAGACUGAUUUGGAUGCGCAAUUCUUCAUAGAAGAAGCGCACAAGAAUGAGGACAUUAUCAAGGAGGGCAAGAACCGCGCCGAAGUCGCCGGUCCUCAAAUUCACCGAAUGAACCCGCGUGUCAUGCUUCACAUAGAUACCUCCGACGUGCGCACCAAGUCGCCGGACUUCUUUGCUCAAUUUGACGUGACAAUUGCAACCGAGCUCGACUUCGCAACGAAUACGACCAUCAACGCGGCAUGCCGUCUUGCCAACAGACCCUUUUACGCAGCCGGCCUGCACGGGUUCUAUGGCUAUGUCUUUGCCGAUCUAAUCUCACAUGAUUUUGUGAUCGAGCGGGAGAAGUCGAAUGCCCCUACCCAGCAGCACGAGACGCUCACAAGGAGCGUUGUGAGUGUGACCACCAAGAAGGAGAGCGAUAAGGGAGAGAAGGGGAACAAGGGAAAGGUCAUUGAGCUGGUUACGAAACGCGAAAUCUAUUCUCCCCUGCAACUGGCCAAUACCUCCCCUCUCCCAGAAGAAUAUACCAGGCUCCCACGGCGCCGAAAACAAGUCACACCACUACUGAGCUGUCUCCGCGCACUGUGGGAAUUCGAAAAGAUCUCCAACGGCAGACGACCAAGCUUUGCACACCAGGACUUGGAGGUUUUCACAAAGCUGGCGCGGGAGAGCCACCAAGAAUUGAAGCUGGACUUGGCCACGCUCGACUCCUCGUUCCUGCGCCAGUUCCUGCAAAACCUCGGCUGUGAGCUUAGCCCAGUAGCAGCAUUCCUCGGCGGCGCCUUGGCUCAGGACGUGAUCAACGUGCUGUCUGCCCGGGAGCAUCCACUGCAGAACAUGCUGCUAUUCGAUGGCGAGAAGUCUAUCGGGCCUGUCUACCCAUUACACCCAUUCUUCCCGCCAGAGAUGGACGUCGGGUCGUUAGCUGCAGUGCCACCAGUGGCUAACCCCAUUCUAUUGGACCCCACCACAACGACUGAUCUCGCGACCCAUCCUGCUCCUAAUCCCGCUGUCAAUCCAUGA